AUGGCUUACAUUUCUAAGCUAACAUUAAAAAAUUUUCUUUCUUUUAAAGAAGAACAGGAAUUAAAUUUUGAUUCAAAAGUGAACAUUAUUUGUGGGCGAAAUGGAUCUGGUAAAUCGAAUAUUUAUACAGCUUUCUGUCAUAUUUUUACGGAUAUAUAUGAUAAGCAAUCAAUUUUGGAGAGAACUCGUACACUUUUUGAUUCUGCAAAAUAUGGCAAUGAAGCUUUGAUAGCCGUUGAGGUUAUUGGAAAAGUUAAAGAAACUGAUAAUAAUAAUAUUUUUGUUAUCAAGAAAAUAAUAACACCUCACAAGCAAGUAUUAUAUUUUAAUGAUGAUAUAGUUACUCGUAAAGAUCUUACUAUAAUGUUACAAUCAUUAGGAUUUCAAUGUAUUAAUAAAUAUAUAAUUCUUAGGCAAGGCGAAGUGGUAACAGCUAAGGAUUUUAAUCAAAAUGGUCUUCUUAAAAUUCUUCUCCAAUUUUUUGAAAUUGAUGAAUCUGUAGUUUGGGAGGGAAAAUGUAAAAAUGCUAUUACCACUUGUAAAAAAAAAGUAGAAAAUAUUCGUAAUGUUGUAGAUUCAAAACAGCAAUUAUAUUCCGACUACAAUAAUAAAGUUAAAGACUAUAAAAGAAUUUCAAGUUUAGAAACACUGAAAAACGCAUUAACAAAGAAGAUAAGAUUAUCUAAAUAUGAGGAUUACACGACUGAUGUUGCUCGGGUUAGAUGUAUGAUUAAAGAUUAUGAAAAUGAGCAUGAACGGUUUUCUGAGGAAAAAAAUGUUAUUUCUAAAAAUAGUUUUCUUACUGCUCAAAAUAUUUCAGAAUGUUGUUCUAAGUUAAAAGAUAUUAGGGAAAAAAUAAGUCAUAACAAUGAAGAAAUUUAUAAAAAAACAGAAGAAUUAAGAGAAAAAAAAUUAUCAUUUAAUGGUAUAAAAUCUGAAUUAGAAGAAAUUUCAACUAAAAAAUCAAAAAUUCGUAAUCAAAUUAAUCAGGUGACAAGUGAAUUAGAUACUGCUCGAAAUACAUAUGCUUCACUUCAAAGAGAAAUUGGAGAGGCUGAAGUUACUGAGAAAGAUGAGCUAUCUUCAAGGAUUUUAAGUAUUUCUCAGGAUUUAGUAGAAAAAAAGAAAUUUCAAGGGCUUUUAGAAAAUGGGUCUCCUCGAAAAACAAUUGAAUUAAUUGAUUUAGAAAUCCAAAAGUUUGAUAAUUUUUUGCAAGAAGAGAAGAUGAAAAUUAAUGAACUAAAUAAUAAACAUUCUCAAAUGAGGGAAAAUAUACAGGAGUUUGAAAAAAAAAUUGAAAGUGCUAAAUCAGAGAUAUCAACUUACGAUGAUGCAUAUAAUACUACUAAAGCUAGUUUUGAUGAACUUCUUGCUGAAAAAAGUAGAAUUUUACUAGGUAUUGGAAAAACAAAAGAUGCUCUCUCAGAUGGUAUUUCAAUUCAAUCGCCUAUAGAUGAAUACUAUAAUAAACAAAAAUGUUAUGGUCUUAAAGCUAUUGAAGAAUAUUUUAAUUACAGGAAUUUUUAUGAUGUAAAAAAUAUGAAUUAUAGCCAAUAUUCUGAUAUAUAUUUUGGUUCAUUAUGUGAUGUUUUUAAAUGUAAUGAUGAAUUAGCAAAAAAAUAUGUUGAAUUAGCCGCACCAAAAUCAACAUUACUUGGAGUUGUAGUUAACAGUGUGUGCGAAACAAAAACGAUACAAGAGAUUCUUGCCAAAGUUUCAUGUAAAAAAAAAAUUAAUUUAUAUCCUUUAGAAAAAUUUAAAGAUUUUCAAGUUAGAAGGAUUGAUGAACCUAAUGUCAAAUCUUUAAUAGAUGUAUUAACUUUUGAUGAAAAAUUUAGAAAUUUAAUUAUUUCUAUUUUUGGUAGCUGGUAUAUUACUGAUAACAUAAGGACAGCACACCGUAUUAAUCUUAAAUACAAAGUCAAUUGUAUAACUCAUGAUUUUUCUGUUCAUCGAAAUAAUGGACAGAUUACAUGUGGUAUUUCAAAAGAAACUUCAAAUGUUAUUGAUGUUAGACAAAAAUUUCUUGAAGAUCAAUUUAAUUAUAAAGAGAAAUUAAUUCAAAUUGAAAAAUUACAAUCUGCGCUAGCUGUUCAAAAUCAUAAACUUGUUGAAAAAAAUGAAGAAAUUAAUUUGUUACAAUCUAAAUUAGAGUCUGUUAGAAAUGAGAAGAAAACAUGUGAUAGUAAUUUAUUACUGAAUGAAACUAAACUUAAUGAUUUGAAAAACUCCAUCAUUUAUGUUGAAAAAGAAAUUAAAAAUUCUUCAAAUUAUAUAGAUGAACUUAGUUCUAAAAUUGAAAAGUUAAAUAAUUUUAGAAAUACACAAAUGGAUUCUCAAACUAGAAAAAAAAUUUCUAAAGAAAUAUCUGAUUUAGAGGAAUCUCUAAAAGCUUUGAACAAAAAAAUGAAUGCUUUAAUAAAAAAAAAUAGCAAUUUACUAAAAUUACGAGAACAAGAAAAACAGGUAGAGUUUCUCGAAAAGCAACAUGAAACUUAUACAAAAAGCCUUGAUGAUGAUUUGGGUGAGGAUCGUUUACUUCAACUUAAAGAUCAACUCCAGCAAUGUAUUAGCAAUUACCAAAAUGAUAUAAAAAGACUUAAAGAAAUUGGUGAAAAUUUUAAUGAUACUGUUAAUGAACUUGAACUUAGAUGUAAAGAAUUAAAUGAAGAAAAGGAUAAUUUGUCUUCCUAUUUAAAGAAUAUUCAUAAUAAGAUUGAUGUAAUUUUGGGAAAGAUAGAAGAUUUGCAAUAUCAAUUGGAUAAAUAUCAGGGGUACGGUGAAACGUUGUCGCAAUAUCAAUUAACAGUUGCCGAGGAGCGGGCAUUUCAUGAUUAUAAACAUUUUAGUAUAAAAGAUUUAAUGGAAGAAUACGAGAAAAUUAACUCAAGAUGUGAAUUUGUGUCUGGAGUUAAAAAUGAAGAUAUUGAAGAAAUGGAAGAAUAUAUUUCUGACUAUGAUUAUAUUGUUGAACAGUCUAUUUCAGUAUCUGAUAAAUUCGAGGAAACGGCUAAUUAUGCAGACAUUUUAAUAACUGGUAAAAAUCCUUCCACUUUAUUUAAAAGAUUUUUUCCUGAUGGAGAGGUACGUUUCCAGCUUACUCUUAAAAAAUCUAUUCCCCUCGAUAAAUUAACACUAAAAGAUAUAAAAGGGAUUCAAAUUAGAGUAAAAACUUCAGGUGAUGGCAGUUAUAUAGAAUGUGGGUUUUCAGGAGGUCAAAGAAAUGUUAUAGUUUUAUGUCUUAUUAUUGCUUGUCACAAUUAUUUUUCCUGUCCAUUUAUGUGUUUUGAUGAAAUUGAAGCUGAUUUAGAUACAGCCUUCAGAGCUUCAUUUGUUGAAAUUAUUAAAUACCUUAAUUAUAACAAUCAAAUAUUUUUGACAACAUUCCGAGAAGAGACAACUAAAAUUGGUGGUACAUUUUACCAAAUAUCUGCAACAGAAAAUGGUUCAAUUGCUUCGAGAAUAAACAAAGAUGAAGCAUUAGCAUUAAUUGAGCGAUAA